AUGGCUGAUAGCAGCAGUUAUGAUGUUGACCCAGGUUUCGAUAAAGUUGAGGAGCUUCAGAACAGCAAGGAGUUACUUGGAUUGCAUCAUGAGCCCGGCCUGUCGUGUGUGGACCAGUUUCUGCACGCGCAUGUGGCUGCGGCGGCGGGGGCUGUGGGGGCGGCGGAGGCCGCGGUUGUGAAGCGUGUGCGCGUGUCGCAGACGCGGGAUUCGAGUCACGCGCCGCCGCCCCCGCCCCCGCCACCUCCGCCUCCGGCCCCGUGGACACCCCUCAGAAACUUGUUACGGUCGCCCGCCGGUGGCGCCAGAGGCACUGAUUGGCUUACCGCGCGACGCGCCGCCCCCGCUAACGAGGCGGCAGCCGAGGUUCCACGCACCACCCCCGCCAACCCGCGCCGGGCCCCUGCCGCCCCCAGCCGCCCCCAGCCGCCCCCGCCGCACUCAUUAGCGCGCGUGCCGGCUCCGGCUGCAGCUGCCGGCUGCCAACGCUCGCCACAGCACGGCACAGAGCGCUGCGCUCACCGCCACAGGCGCAGCGACGCCACAGGUCACGUGAAGACCCUGCGCGGCGCCAAGACAAAGGAGCGGCGUGCAGCCAUCGCGGCCGUAAUUAAGGGCCACGGCGCAGCGGGAGGCGGCGGCGGCGGCGGCGGUGGCGGCGGCGGGGGCGGAGGCGGCGCGACUCUGCCUCCGCUGCGUUGUACCGCGCCGUACUGGGCUGGCUUCGCCUUUGCAGGCGUCAGCGGGUCUCAGCUGCCCAGGGGCUUCGCCGCUGACUUUCCACGUGAUACAUUUCUGCCUCGUUGCAGCAAUAGGCACUUCUACACGAAGGACCAGAAGUAUAAGCGGAAAAAAUUUACGUGUUCAGUAAACUGA